GCUGAAUUCAGAGAAACUGGAUCAGGGGUCGAGGGGAAAGAACUGCUUUCUGCUCACCCUCGGGUGACUUUUGUUGGAUUUACUCCCCGGUCCACACCAACAUGCCCUUUGCCAAACGAGUCGUGGAACCUCAGUUACUAUGCAGGUAUCAGAUCCCAAACGAGGAGGGUCUGCUUUUCGAGGACCUGGUCUCCAUCAGUAAUGUGGCUCUAUCUCGGACCUUGCGGCAGCUGUCGGACCUGGCUAAACAUGCCUGCUCCAUAUUCCAGGAGCUGGAAAGCGACCUCGCCUCCACCAGCCUGCGGGUCAGGGGGCUGCAGGGCAAGAUCAACCAACUUCAGCAGACCUGCUCCGAGCUGGACCCCAAACAGGAGGCAGUGCCGGUGUCGAACCUGGAUGUGGAGAGUAAGCUGACGAAACAUUACCAAGCUCCCUGGCACCAGCAGAGGAACGUUUUCCACCCUGCCACGCGGCCAGCAUGUGUAGAAGAGCUCCACAGGCAAGCCAACCUCAGCCUGUGGGCCCUGCACCAAGGUCAUCAGAAGAGAGGAUCGGGCAGCAGGGAGCGGAGGGUUACCAUCUCGAUCUCGGCCGUGCCCCCGAUGCCCAUGUACCCCUCCCCUCACGUCAUCCAGAGACAAGGACAGGGGAGCACAAAUCUGACGACGUUUGAAUCCACCCGCUCCUCCUCCCCUACCGAAUGUUGCCGCUUCUCUCCCUGGAGCAGAAAGGCUGCGCCCCCUGACCCUGACACUGACGGGGUGGCUCUAGGUCACCGGUCUAAGUUUCCCAUCCCUAACAUCCCCUCCACCCUGGACAAGCAGACUAACUGGUCUAAAGCCUUGCCGCUGCCAACCCCAGAGGAAAGAAUGAAAAGCAGUUCCCAAGUCAUCACCUCAUGUGUCAUCCCCAUUAAUGUGACCGGGGUCGGCUUUGACAGAGAUGCUAGUGUGCGCUGCUCGCUCGUUCACUCGCAGUCUGUGCUUCAGAGGAGGAGGAAGCUGAGGAGACGGAGGACUGUCGCUGGCGUUCCCAGACAGGUGCAGCAGGAUUUAGACUCGGAUGACUCUCCAGGUUCCAGAGAGCGGACAGUGAUAGUUCAUGCCAGUCCAGAUAUCACGCCCUCCAACGAGGAGCUGGCCAGCCAUCUCAGCACCAGAGACUCAGGUUGCCAGACAGAAGACUUUCUGAUCUCAGGAGCACCAUCUCGGAGGAGGAUCAGGGCCCAGAGAGUCCAGGGAGUCUCCGUCUCCCUCUCUCACUCUGCAGGCAACAUCUCCUCACUGCCGGACAGCUCUGACGCCAUGUUCACUGCCUCGGUGGGUGCACGUCUGCGCUCCAGGAGUCUGCCCCGAGACGGGAGCCGGAUGAUGAACGACGGGCAUAAUGACAGCGAUGAUGAGGAGGAGCUUUCCCCCUUCGGCACUGACCACUUCCUGUCUGGACCCGGGGAGUUGAUUCUGAAGGAUGAAGAAGAGAGCACAGAUGACCAGGCCAUGUCUGAACACCAGUUGGGCCUGAAGUAUAAGCAGCUCUCUGAGAGUCCGGAGCGCAGCUGGAUGGAGAGGACCAGAUCCCAGCUGCCCAGGAAGGCCGACAUGGGCAGCUGUGAGAUCUCAUCCAGUUCAGACACCUUCAGUAGCCCUGUCCACUCCGUUUCAGCUGCAGGGGUGCUGGGAGGCCAGAUGGACCAUAAGGAGGACCACCAGUCUUCCAGCGGCAACUGGAGUGGGAGUAGCUCCACCUGCCCCUCACAGACCUCGGAAACAAUUCCCCCUGCCGCCUCUCCCCCGCUGACCGGCUCCUCACACUGUGACUCUGAGCUCUCCCUAAACGCUACCAUUCACGCCAACGAUGACCACACCGGAUUCAUGCUGGACCACUACCAGGGCCUCAGGACCCAGAGGGCAGGCUCCUUCUCCUCCACAGCUAUGGACAUAUUAGAGGAAGUAGGGGUCAGCACUCCCAUUGAGCGGGAGUGGAGUUAUCACCACCCUGAGCCCCCACGCCCACAGGACUUCAGCCCUGAGCCGAGCAGAGAAGCCGAGAGCAGCCUGGGCUGCCCGAGCUUCACCAGCAUGGCCACCUGUGAGAGCAGCUACUCUGACAAACCGCCGUCGGAGAAGGCAGACACCGUCUCACACUACUCUGUAGACACUGAAGGGUACUACACCUCCAUGCACUUUGACUGUGGUCUGAAAGGCAGCAAAAGCUUCACUUACAACUAUGCAGCCUCUGGCUCUGACUGUGGCCUGUCUGACUUUAGUGGUCACAUGACCCUGAGGAGACGCUGCCUCUCUUUAAGAAAACCAAAGGUGAAGCCGUCUCCGCCGAAGAGGAGCUCAUCCUUAAGGAAAAUAUGCAGCGAGGGGAACAUCCCUGACAAGAAAGAACCAAAGAUUACGUGUGGGCAGCAACUUCCACUGUCUUCCAAGGAGAGGAACCUGCAGCUGGCUUUGCCUGGCUCUCCAGGUCGUUUAGAAAACUCUUCACUCUCCAGAGAGCCACUUGUGGUCUGGGGGGUGGAGGGCUCAGCCGAUCUACCUGACCUAGGUGUUUUUAGCUCCACAGAUGCACAUUCAUUUAAGGAUGAGGGGGUUGUACAGUCGGACUACGCAGACCUGUGGCUGCUGAAUGAUUUAAAAUCCAGCGAUCCUUACCGAUCUUUGUCGAACUCCAGCACAGCUACAGGUACGACUGUUAUCGAAUGCAUCAAGUCGCAGGAAAGCUCGGAGUCCCAGACUUCCCAGUCUGGCUCCAGAGCCACCACUCCAUCGCUUCCGUCAGUGGAGGGUGAGUUUAAGCUAACUUCUCCGGAGAAGCUGGCAGCCCUGGCCAGCCCAUCCAGUGGCUACUCCAGUCAGUCAGAAACCCCCACCUCAUCAUUCCCCACCACCUUCUUUCCUGGGCCUCUGUCACCAUCCAGCGGCAAGAGGAAGCCCAAAGUCCCAGAGAGGAAGUCGUCUCUUUCCUCGCUGACGCUUCAGUCCCUGUCCGGCAGGGAUGGAGCCACCUCGAAGAGAGACCUGGAGCUGCCCAUAAUCCCUCCCUCCCACCUCGACUUAAGUGCCCUUCACACUGUCAACAAACCCUCAGCUUACAGGACCCAGAUUCAGACCCUUCACCAAAACAAACAAAAAGCUGCAGGGUCAGCCAAAGCUGCAGCACCCACUAACUCAGAGGUGUUUAAUGCUCACUCCAUGUCCAUCACACCCACAGUGCUGCACUCCGUACAGCUCCGGUCCGUCAGUAAGGAAACCGAGGGAAGUCACGAGGACAGAACAGCUUCCAAACUGAAAUGUCCCACCGUGAACUUAAAAAGCACACUUUCAAGUAGUAAAUCAUUAGAGCUUAACAGUCCACUGUUAUACAACUCUCAUCAUCAUCAUCAUCAUCACACAUCCUCAGAGAUGUUUGAAUCAGUGUUUACCUCAAAUGAAGAGCUCGCGUGUGGAGAAGCAGCUUGUCAGAGCGAGACGAGGAACAAGCAGGACAGAGAGGCUCCUUUAGAGAGUAUGGCAGCAUGCAGACUGCAGUCAGAGCCGUCGGUGGACAUCCAUGAGACGUCCACAAGUGAGGAGGGAGAGACGUGCAGAGAGUCAGUAGAAACACCCGUCUGCUCUGGAGACUGCAGCUCGCAGUCACAGCCAUUACAGCAGCACAGAACUGAGCCCCCUGAGGAACCAAUGGGUUCUGCUCCCUCUGUUCUGCACAGCUCACCCAACAGAUCCAACAGUCUUGAUAAAGUGCCUGCUACUGACGGUCAAUCAGAGUCGCCGCAAGAGAGUCCAACUGGUAACGACGGCUGCGGAGAAGAGGAGUACGAGUCAUCAGGUGUUUCAGCCGAAAGUGCCUCUCAGGACGGCAAGGACGAGUCCACAGCGGAGACAGAGGAUUACUUCAGCAAAGACUCUACACCCAGUGACAGUGCAGUGUCCCCGCUGAGUGACGAGCCAAGGCCAGAGGACGACAGUGUGUUUCUGUCUCCCACCAAAACUCGCACCACUGAGGAUCUGUUUGCGAUGAUUCACAGAUCCAAAAGGAAAGUGUUGGGUAGGAAGGACUCCGCUGAGUUAGGUGUGAGGAGCCGCCUCGGUGCUGCAUCAGGGAACACGCCACCCAGCAGCGCGGUCAGCGCCACCGGCAGCACUGUGAGCUCCCCCAUCUCACUGGCGUCGCCCUCCCCCGCUGUGACCCCACCGGGCCUGCAGAGAGUCCCUGGGCCCAUCUACAGGAACGCCAAGAAGUCCAGCACCUCCAACGAGGAGUUCAAACUGCUGCUGCUUAAAAAGGGCAGCCGCUCGGACUCUAGCUACCGCAUGUCGGCUACAGAGAUCCUCAAGAGCCCAAUCGCUCCUAAAUCUCCUGGAGAUUCUGUGACGGAGUUGCCCAGACAGCCCGAGGAGCCUGCCUCCCCCGUGCAACAGCAGCAGCACAAUUCAGGACCAGAUCAGCUCUCCAGCCCCUACCCCAGAGCCAACGCUGAGGGCUUCUCCCCGAAAUCCUUCCCCACGUCUGCUGCUUCCAGGCAGGGCCGCUCCAGGAUCCCCCCGCCCGCCAACAGCAGCCGCUACGGCAUGCGCAGCCGAUUGUACUCAGCACCCAUGCAGGCCAUUUCUGAGGGUGAGACAGAGAACUCAGAUGGAAGUCCUCAUGAUGACCGCUCAUCACAGGGCUCCACGUAGAACGAAGUGUUAAAAGGUAUGAAAUUAUUUUGCUAGUUUACAGAGAAAAGAAAUCGACCAGAGUUAUAAUAUAUAUGAGAUGUGGUGAGGGCAGGAGCAGCCAUGAGGUUCAUUUGGUAAAAAGAAUAAAAUAAAUUAACUGUUUGUGGCUGGUUUUUUUUUUUUUUUAGCUGUUUCCUAU